AUGCUCCCACCACCACCUGAUGUAUACUCUAGUGCUGAUGAACUUUUGCGAAGUGCACAAAUGUUCGCAAACUCCCAAGGUUACGCUUUAGUAAAAAAAAGAACUCGUAAGAAUGAGAGUGAUGAAUUAAAAAACAUGUCAUUACGUUGUGACCGAGGUGGCAUCUAUAAUAACUCUCUAGAACUGAAAGAAAAAGUGUGUCAUAGACAAAAAAGUACUAGGCUAAUUGACUGCCCCUUCGAGUUGUAUGCUGCUCAGCGAGAUGGUCUGUGGCAUUUGAAAGUGCGUAAUAUAUCCCAUAACUAUGAUGCUUCACAAGACAUGUCAGGCCAUCCUAUUGUUCACAGACUUACAGAGCAACAGAUGAAGAGUGUUAAGGCGAUGACUAUUGCCAGUUCACAACCAAAAGCAAUUGUAACAACUCUUCAACAGAGUGAUUCAUCAGUACUAGUUACUAAUAGUGAUAUCUAUAAUGCGCAUGCAAGACUUCAACAACAGAACCUAGCAGAUCACACUCCUAUACAGGCCCUAGUAGAUGAACUACAAAAUGGCAAUUUCUUAUACGAAUAUGAAUGUGACGAUACCGGUGAGACCGAAGAAGAUUAUAAGUGGGCUCUAACAUGUGUUUUGCGCUUGUUCGACAGAGUACAGAUGCCUGGCAUUGUUGUAACUGAUAGAGAGCUUGCUCUCAUAAAUGCUCUUAGUAUAGUAUUUCCUAGUUCAGCAAAUUUACUUUGUGUAUGGCAUAUCAGUAAAAACGUCCUAAAAAACUGUAAGCCACUGUUCCCAAAAGAAAUGAAUAAUGAGGAAAGUACUGAGUGGCAAGAUUUUCUUUCCAGAUGGAAUGAUAUUGUAGAAUCUGAGACAGAAAAAGAAUUUAAUACAAAGUGGAGAGAUUUUCGCUCUACUUAUGCUAAUAAAUCCACUGCCAUCACCUACCUCGAAAUACCUGGAUAUCAUGGAAAAAAAGGAUCUAUAGGAGACCUUCAUCAGAUUCAUGCGACAAUAUCGCUAGUAGUAAAUAACCAAAAAAAGGAGCUAGAUUCCAUGGUUGUGACAGAACGUAUCCAUAUUCCAGUUUUUGCUACCAACAAUAUUUUAUAUGCGAACGUCAAAGGUAAAGUUUCAAUCUUCGCACUUAAGAAAAUAAAUAAACAAGAUCAAAGAUUAAAAAAUGCUAUUGCACAAAACUCCUUGCCAACAUGCACUGGAUCUUUUACAAAAACAAUGGGCUUAUCUUGUGCUUAUACCAUUGAACUUUUCAAAGAUAAUCAGAGUUUUACGCUUGAUGACAUCUAUAAACAUUGGUGGAUUCCCGAACAUCUACAACAAAGAUAUCAAGAGUGGCCGGAAUCUCGACAGUUAAAAGCACGGGAAAAAUUAAAAAACAUAAUUGAUACCCAACCAAUUAUCUUACAAAAUCCCAAUGUUGUUCAUGCGAAAGGACACUCUUUAGGUACUCCUAAUCAACAAACCAAUUCAACCAGAAGAGAUCUUUCUGGUUUUGAGUUGGUAGACCAUAAAGCACAGCAUUGUACCCUUUGCCAACAACCCGGGCACAAUGCUCACACUUGCCUAAAUGGAAAUAGCUCUGUGUAA